AUGGCACCCAUCAACACUGAUCUCAACGUAGCGCCACCUCAGGUUUUGGACAGCACUUAUUAUGAAGCUUUCAGAAAACGCUCAAGAAAAUUUUUCAACACAAGCCUUGAUAUGGGUUAUUCGUUCGCGAAUGAAGUUCCCUCCGUAAAUGUUGUGGGAUCCGGUUCUGCUAUCAAAAAAAUUCUCAUGGAACCGUAUGCAGCGGGUCCACUGAGCCUUAUCUGCCACAAAGUCGGAAAAACUGUUUAUCUGGAUAAUCACCAGUUCUCUCGAAAGCAAAAAUGCGAGCUUCUGCCGCAACUUUAUUGGAGAGACGACGAACCGCCGGCUACAAACUUCACACCACAGCUAUCUCUUUACGAGAACUUAAUCUGGAACUCGCCUAUCUCUGCUUCGUCCAGCUGCGAAUCUGUGCUAAGUGCUGGGGCUGAGCUGGUCCUAAGGGAAAGUGGUAUCGCGACUUCAAGUUCAAACUUGGAGUUUCCAAAAAUGUUCAACAGCUAUUCUUACAGAAUCACAUCCGAGAACAGUCCAGGAAGUCUAGCGCAUCUCUGGGAAUUUCACGACUUUCGUAUGCUUGUCGAUGUGGAUUUGCCUAUUUUCGGUGGUGGAAGGUUUCCGAGCGUCUCCAUCCAUCUGAGCGAAGAAACAAAGCCAAUUUCUGUUCUUACUGGUAUGGAUAUCAUGUUGGAUCAACUCAUGUGUAACCUAUCUGAGACUAUAUUAGUUUAUCAUGAACAUGGGCUCGUUAAGGAUUACGAAGUUCUUGUGAAGGAAGAAAUUCCGCAUAUCACAGGCUCCGAAUUUGAUCCAUCGAAUCUCAAGAACAUCACCGAGAAUAUUAUGUCAUUCCUCUCGAAGAACAUGACAGAGCAAGGCCACACCUAUUGGUUGUUUAGAGGCGAGUCAAGAACGGGUUCUACUGAUAUGAAAUUGUACGACCUGACCAGUAUUUGUCCCGAUCUUGCUUGCAAUCCAAAUUGGAAUCCUUUUCUUGUGCCUGUUGUCACGCUGCUUUAUAAACUUUCGCUUGAUUUGAUGGAGAAAUCUGCUAAAGGUCGCUCUGAAAAGCUCUCGAACGUAAUUUAUGGUUUGUUGAAUGCUGCAGCAAAACUUGUAGAAAAUGAAGAUUUGGCUGAGAUGAGAGCUUGUAUUCAUCAUUCACUGGCUGGUGUUUAUCUCAUGUAUGGCUCAGGUGAAGGAAAAUUUGAUCCGGACUUUCUCAACCUUAUCGACAGCCUUGAUGAAGUUUUGACAGACGGCUAUGCUAAACUUACCUCUGCAAUUCAGGUUGCAAGCCUGACGAGAAGCUCAAGCAGCUAUUCUUACGAAAACGAUCAGAAUACCAGAUCUAGCAGCUCUUCCUCAAAACGGCCUCCUAAUGUUGGGGUAGAGUCGGAAUGCGCAAUUCAAGCUUUGGAGCAUUGUCUGCAGGCACUAAACGCUUUAGAUGGUAUUGAUAUAGAUAUGGAUCAGAUGUGUCCGUUCAAGCCGGAUAGCCCGGAUGAGGUUGCUGCCAUGAAAACUAUCCGCACAAGAGACAACCUGGCUAUACGUCGUAUGUUCCGCCACGCGAUUUUGAUUAGGGCUGCUUCCGCAUACCUGCCACUGGUUUAUCAGGCGCUCUGUUUAGAACGUAAUGUGAAAGCCUACAACUACUCUCGCUGUGCCACGACGCUGUGCGGGGCCGUCUUAUCAACGAGACCAGUAUCCCGUCACACUUCUAUAUGUCAUGCUCUUUUACAAGUUUUUUUGUCUACUUUUGCACAUGCUGCUUCGGAACUCACCGAUGAAUUAGUGGACACGACUGCACUCAACAAUGCAAUUUCUUAUCGCGAUCGUCGCUUUAUGGAACUUGCAACGUUUGGAGUCGUUAUGAAAGGACUGAGUCCUCUGGAUAGAAAUGUGUCACGAGCAGCCAUGGCGUUAAUGAUGACUGGUGGGAAGUUUACCAAUCUGGGGCAAGCUGAAUGCAGCAAAGAAGGAGACAAGCGCGCAAAUGCUGCCAAAGCCAUGGAAUAUGUAGAAAUUGCCAAGCAUAUUUAUACAAAGGCUCUUGAAAUGCUGAGUGCGUACAACAGAAAGGACUUGCGGGAUUCUGAAGUAGUACUUUAUGCGAACAGUGCAGCAACAGCAAGACUUGAGUAUAGCAUCAAAGUUAAGUUCUUCAAGGAACCAGUAACAAGUGCUUCAGUUCGUGCCUUAGUUGAUGAUGUAUGCGCUUCAUUCAGAAAAAUAUUCGAGAUUGUUCGUCCAGAUUUUGAGACUCAGAACGGUAGCAGUGUUUAUUCGAAUAGCCUUGUUGAUUUUGGCAUUGCAUUGUAUACAUUUGCUCAGGAUCUCAAAGAGGAGAGCGAUCAGGAAAAACGUGUUCAUUAUUUGGAAGCUGCAGUACGGGCAUUGAGGGAUGUCCUCAAGAGGCGAGGUCCACGUAAUGCCAGAAGCAAAGCGAUUGAGAAAAUUACCGAGAUAUACUACAUUUUGCUUCGCCUCAAAUCUAAUGCUAUUGUUUCCAGAGCGUGGUUGAUGGGACUUGCGUCAAAUAUAACAGAUAUUGAACCCAAUCGGGAAAAGUGCUUGGAACGUUACAGAAAGCUGUGGGAGUGCGCUCAGUGCUUGCUGAGAAGCAUGAAUCAGGAGUGGCGCAACAACCCAACGACGAAGCAGGCUUACAUCUGUCUCCUGAACAAACUGCCAGAUGAGCUUGAAGCCAAGCGCACCUUCAUUAUUGAGUCUUUGGCAAAAGCUAUCACUGCUCUCGGUGGUAAGCAGCUGCACCCCCUUGGCUCACCUUAA